AUGCUUAAGAAAUACAGAGAUGAGCUAAAGAAGCUGUACAAGGAGCAUGAAGGUCUGAAGAUCAAGCUCCUGACAAUGAUAAAUCACCCACUAACACCUAUAGAGUUUGAGGUGGCAUGGAGUGAGCUGCUAACAGAGUAUGGGAUAGGAGAGAAUGAUGCUAUAAAGAGCAUUUGGGAGUCCAGGCAUCUGUGGGUUUCAGCCUAUUUGAAGCCUCUGUACUGUGGGAGGAUGACAUCAACACAAAGGAGCGAGAGUGUGAACAAGGCAGUCAAAAAAAGGGGUUUUGCAAUGAGGAAGACAUGCAUGAGUAAAUUUGCUCGCAGGAUGCUCGAGUUCAUUCAACACACAAAUCAUAUCUCAGCUGGUGAAACACAUUGUUCACAGGCAGAGAACUUUAGAGUGACAUUGCAACCAUUCGACAAACAAUUGAGCCGGGUAUAUACCCGUGCAGUGUUCAAGAAGUACCGGGAAACAUACAUAUAUAGUACUGCAUUCCGUAUUGAUCCCGAGGAAGGCAAGGCAAACAGUUACCUGAUUACUAGUAUACCUGCAAAAUAUGUGCUGAAGAGGUAUAGUAGGGAUGCAAGGUUCUUCGUUAUGUGGGACAGGCAUGACAUAGUAACUAUGGGUCCAAACUACACAACUGAGCAAUCCAGAACAACAAAGCUAGUAGAACUCGCAAUGACUGCAGUGAGGGCGUGCUGUAGGUCAUCUACAAGAUUUGAUAGAGGAUGUGAUGAUCUAGCUGCAUUAGCUACGUGGGCUGAGGCUAUUCCAGGAGAUUCUGGACCAUCUCGAGUGGUGGAACAUGAGAAUAACCAAAAUGUGGAAAAUGAAACUAGAGAGGGCUCUAGAGCACCCCAGAUUGCAAAUGAUUCGCAAAUCUCAGAUUAUGCUCCGAAAGAGGUUAGAACAAAGGGUAGGAAGCGUGGGGCGCAACAAAUUGAUAAUGGUGAUGAAGGUUAA